AUGAAUAUUCUAAGUUGGAACGUCAGAGGUCUGCUUUCCUCACGGCGCAGACUCUCUCGCCUUCUUAGCCGUGAGCAUGUUCAUUUUCUCUCUGUUAUUGAACCUUUCAUUGCUGCUGGGCGUUUGGAUAACUUUGUUCGUGAGUUCAAAUUUGCUGAUGGUUUCGCCUCUCUGGAAACAAAAAUUUGGCUUCUUUGGUCGGACUCCUUUGAAGUAGAUGUUGUGAUUGACAGUGAUCAAUUUAUUUUUUGUCAUGUGUGUUUCAUUCCCUGGAAUUUUAGCUUUGAUUUCAUAGCUGUCUAUGCGAAACACUCUAGAGCAGAGCGAGCUCAACUCUGGUUGCGGCUAAAUGCAUUAAUUGACGACACCAGACCUGUUCUGCUGGGUGGGGAUUUUAACGUAAUCUCUAGCAUCACUGAGUAUAGAGGGAAUGCUUUACCUGAGAUUGGAGGCAUCUCAGACUUCUCUACCUUCAUCAACAAUAACUCCUUAAUUGAUAUGGAUACUAUGGGAGGCCAAUACACCUGGCAUGGAGUUCGGAACACAGGGGCUGUUUGGAAAAAAUUGGAUCGCUUCUUAAUGAGCCCAACUUUUAGAGACUAUUUCUCGGAGAUCAGGAUUCAUGUUCUUGCCCGCACCACAUCAGAUCACUCACCAAUGCNGAUUUCACAUGUUUAUUUUCAUUGGUCUUUCUUUUAUGUAUUCUUUUUGUUGUCUCUUUAA